AUGCUGUACCUAACGGCCGACUUUUUCCCCAUCUUUGUGCCGCUAGGCGUUAUUGGAUUCUACCGAUACCUGAUCUUCUUUAUCAAAUUGGUGGCCUGGGGCCUAUACCGACCCAUUCGACCGCUCGAAAAACCUAUCUACAAUCCCGAAAAAGAUGUAACCAUUGUAGUGCCUACAAUUGAUGCUGGCGAGGAAUUUCGAGAAGCAGCGCACUCUUGGCUCGCAUGUAAGCCGAAAGAAAUCCUGAUCGUGACUGAAGAAACCAUGCGACAACCUAUUCAAGAACUGGUCAACACGAUUGCUCCAGACAAGAUCAAAAUCUACUCUGUACCCAAGGCCAGCAAACGCGAUCAAAUGGUCGAAGGCAUCCGACAUACUAAUACCGAUAUCCUUGUUUUCGCAGACGACGAUGUGAUCUGGAAACCAACCAUGUUGCAAUACAUUUUGGCAUGUUUCGAAGACGAGUCGAUCGGUGGUGUAGGCACUUCACAAAUUGUCAAACCCAUCGGCAAGCGUCAGACCAUAUGGGAGAUUUUGGCAGGCUUUCGAUUGACAAUUCGAAACAUCGAAGUCGCCGCGUCAACGCAUAUUGACGGUGGCGUAUGCUGUAUUUCUGGGCGAACAGCUGCAUACCGCACCGUCAUUCUUAAGGACCCGGGCUUUAUUCACAGCUUUACUAACGAUUAUUGGCGUGGCAAGUACAAGCUCAAUUCAGGCGAUGACAAGUUUUUGACCCGAUGGAUGAUAUCCCAUGGAUGGCGUACGUACAUGCAAGUAUGCAAAGAGGCCCAGCUUUUGUCGACGUUCAAGGAUAAUUGGCGCUUUUUAAUGCAAGUACUAAGAUGGACGCGUAAUACUUGGCGCUCGGAUUUUCGGUCCUUGUUCACAGAACGUUACUUGUGGACUACACACCCGUUUGUGUCAUACACCAUGAUUGACAAGUUUUUCAACCCACUUACACUACUCAGUGGACCUGUAUCCGUCGUUGUGCUAUGCUUCUUGCAGUACCAUUUACCACAAUGGAACAUUGUCGCCUCCUAUCUGGUUUGGUUGAUAUUGACACGUCUCAUCAAGCUGUCGCCGCAUCUUAUCCGAUAUCCACAACAUGUUUUUGCUUUGCCCGGCUUUCUAGUAUUUAACUUCUACUUUGCCUUUAUGAAAUUCUCUUUCUCUAAUAUCCUCUCUCUCCAAAAUCCCUCUUCUCCUCCGCUACAUGGACCAAAUAUCAUGGUUGCGUACACUGAAGUCUCGAACGAAAAUCUUUCUGGACUAUACAAUGUCAUUCUCGACAAAGUGAGCCAAGCUCAAUAUAUAGCCAUUGACUGUGAGUUUACAGGCCAUUUACGCGGCUUGAUCACCAACCUGGAGCAGCGUUACGAUGGCAUGGCACAGAUUGUGCGAUCGCACUCAAUCUUAUCCGUCGGUCUGACAACGAUCACGGCGGAUCGCGCGUUUGAUAACUUUGAAUUCUUGCUCAACAAUCAAAACCCGUACCAAGCCAACGCAAGCAACCUAAAGUUCCUUGCAGAAAACGGAUUUGAUUUCAAUCGUCAUUAUUCGAUUGGCAUUCCUUUUCGUCCCGGUCCUUAUUCCUUUGCGCCAGACAAAAAGAAAGGUGGCAGUACAAAGCAAAAACAACGACAGCAGCAACAGCAGCAAGAACAAGAGAAACAGGAGCGACGGCUACGGGAGCUAUGGUUUGAUAUCUUCUGCAUAUUACGCACAAAGGGUAUUCCUUUGAUCGUGCACAACGGUCUACUCGACUUGAUGUACAUCUAUCAAAGCUUCAUCACAAGUAUACCGGCCAAACUCUCCGGGUUCGUAGCGGAUAUGGUCGAAGCUUUCCCGGCUGGGAUCUAUGAUACAAAGUAUAUAGCAAACCAUGUUCUAUACGAGCAGACAUCAUUUCUCUCUUAUCUGUAUCAUAAAUACGAGCGCUCUGGCUACGAGGUCCAUGUCCAGGAUGCAUUGUUACCAGAAAAAACAGAUCAAGUGGCGGAUUCUAGACCUAAAAAAAGGCAACGCAAAGAUAACGGCAGUAGUAACAAGGAAAAUGAUGGAAUUUGUGACCAAUAUGCUGCGCGAGGAUGGUGUCCUGCGGGCCAAGCAUGCGAACGUUCUCAUGAUUUAAACCGGAUACUGGACCGUGAUCAGAAGGUAAACGCCGCAGAUACAAAGGGACAACAACCACAACCAGAACUUGCACCAGCAGAAUCAGUACCAGCAGCAGUAGAAGAAAAAUCACAAGAACAAGCACCACUACCACAACCGAGUUCACUACCGAAAAAAGAGCACUCGUCUCACUUUGAUGCAUUCAUGACAGGCUACAUUUUCUGCCACAUGGUAAACAAGCUCCUGGAGAACGAGGAUGUUGGUGACAUAAUGAACAAACUCAACGUUAUGAAGCUUGACGUUCCUUUGCGCAUCACCAAAAGCACUUAUGCAAAGCCAACAUUGCAAUGGAAAGUAUAUUGUUGA